AUGGCAAACAACAACCAGAACACGGAGAGCAAGGGCUACAAGCAGCAGGCUGGCGAAUUCUACAACCGCCAGUACGACAACUGGGUGCCCUGGAUGGAGGACAAGUACCUGCAGUGGUUCACCAAGGACAACAAAGCCUCGUAUGCCACAAAGCAGAACCUCGACAAGACAAAGGUGACCGGCGUCUCGCAAGUCGACAACCUCCAAGAGGGCGUCAACGGCCUCGUCAGCGGCCAAGUCGGUCAAGGUGGAAUCGCACAACCCAUCGGCGAUGCCCUCAGCAAAGAAGGCAUCAACCGCGCUGAGCGCGGUGGAAAGGAUGAGCACGGCAACCCGAUCGAAUCCCAAGGGCCUCUUGGUGGGUACGGACAGGGUGCCCUUGAUGGCGUAAAGGGCAGCGCGGGCGCUGUUGGAUCCGGCGCGAAGAGUGCAGGAGGGUACCUGGGAGGCAUGUGGGGUGGCAAGAAGGAGGGCCAGGGUGAGCAGAAGAAGUGA